AUGGAGACGUCCGUGGAAUUACCCCAGAAUACGCCGCAGACGUCGCUGAUGCCGCAUCAGCAGGCCCUCGCUCAGAUGACCGACGGACGCAACAACUCGGCCGUCGACCGUUUGCAAUUGCAAUUUGAGGGGCGCCCGAUUGACCUCCACGCGUUGCGCUCCGAAGGAAAUAUCGCCGGUGGUCCUGAGGCGGUGGAUCGUGACGAUUUGUGGCCCGUCAUCGGCGCUAAGCUCGACUUCAUUCAGUUCUUAGCGACAGAGAACGAGCCAGAAAAGUCGGUCCCUGGCGUAGCAGUACACUUGCAGAACGUGUACAAGAAAUAUCUCCUCGCUUUCAACACCGCGUAUUUGGCCUCGUGGCGAAAGCAGCAGCUCAACGUCCGCCACGCGGACCCUACGAGACCUCCACAGCCCAUGAUGGACAGGAAUGACCUGCCUGCUCCGUCCACGGCAAGCGCACAGAACGGUCCGAUACUCAUCGGAAUCAACGAUCCCCACACGCUCAACACUCUGAUGCAGUACACUCCCAAUAUUGUCAGCGUCGUAGAAACGAACCGUACGCUUCUUCAACAAAGCUUGCAAAGGCAGGCCGAGUCCCGCGCGACGAAUAAUGCACCCAGCGUAUAG